GUAUACACUGUAUGUUCAACAUUUGAAAGAAAAUAAUCUAGAUUUUAAUAUCGGAUUUCAUUUGCCUAAAAAAGAUAAAUGUAUGUUUUGUGAGAAAUACAAAAAUUUGCCAUCUGAAAACAAACCAAUUUUUGAACAAACCAUUGAAUAUAAAAAUCACAUGCUGGAUAAAGAAAAAUGCAAGCUACUGUUUUUAGAAGAUCAAAAAAUUUCCAAAAUAGCGGAUUCUAACGCCUUAUGCGUGAGCUUUGAUUUACAAAAAGUCCUGAAUACGCCACAUGGUAAGAGUGUGACCUUAUAUUACUCAAGAAAAUACGCAUAUUACAAUGAAAGUAUCUAUGAAAGUGGCACAAGGAAUGGAUAUUGUUAUGUGUGGGGUGAAAGCCAGGGAAAAAGAGGCUGUAAUGAAAUAGUUACAGUUCUUUUUAAUUAUUUGAAUAUGUUAGAUCAAAAAGGUACCCAUACUAUCGUCAAUUUAUAUUCUGACAGUUGUGCUGGGCAAAAUAGAAAUCGUGCUAUGAUAUCCAUGUUAAUUUAUUUUUUGAAAACUGCAAAAAAUAUUACUCAAAUAAAGAUUACUUAUCUUUUACCUGGACACACCAUGAUGCCUGUUGAUUCUAUUCACAGCACCAUUGAAAGUUUUGUUCGUAAUAGAACAGUAUGGGCUCCAUCUGAAUGGCCGACUAUGAUUACUAAUGCCAGAUCUAACCCUAAAGGCUACGUAGUAAAUGUUUUAAAUUAUGGAGACUUUAAGGAUUGGAAGUCCUAUUCACAAGCUUUAUUACCAGCCAAAUUCAAAAUAAAUUUUAAUUCGUUGAGAGUGGUGCAUUUUCACAAAAAUAAUCCUGUUGUUUUAUUCAAAUAUGGAUUUUCCGAAGAUUGUGAACAUAAUACACUUAACUUGGACUUCGUCAUAAGAUCAAGAGCAAGCAAUGCUAUUGUACAAAAAGGACCCGCACCCUUAUACGACAACGAGCUCAGUAUUUCAGCAGCUAAAUACAAAGAUCUAAAGGAGCUAUGUAACAAAAAUGUAAUACCAAACAGAUACCAUGAAGAAUACUUGAGUUUGAGGCAUAAUGAAACCAUACGUGACACUUUACCUGAAACGGAUGAAGAUGACUCAGAUAAGGAGAAUUGAAGUUCUCAAAUGUUUUUCUAGAAUAUCUUUAUUUUUAAUAAUAUUAUACCUACAUAAUAUUUUGAUUUAAAACCACGAUUAUUGAAUCGUGAUUCACUUAUUGAAGUGGCGUUAAUUGAUUUGUACAAGAAGAAAUUUCUCAUUUCAUUUUAUAAUCUUAGUAAUAAGUAUGUAUAAGUUAAUUUGAUUUCAUUGUUCCUCACGAUUACUAAAUUAAUAAAUAUUUUUUGAUUAUUAUGUGGAUAUUUCAUUUAAAAACCUUUUAAAAUGGCAUUUUUUUAACAAUUACAAUUUCUCGGACAUAGUAAUUUUGAUAGGUAAUUUUAUCGUAAACGCCCGAAUAUCUAUAUACUGUGACAGCAA